AUGCUCCGCGCGGCUAUUUCAAGACCGUUGUCACGAUCUAUUAAUGAACUCCCCCUACGCACGAUAUACAGCAAUGGCCCAUUUCCUACAAAGCAUCUACUAGCUCCGACAAGAUAUGGUAUCCUGGGCAAUAUUACCACUUUGAGGUUUUCCACUGUUUCGUGCCUUAGGAAAGCACAAAACCCUACAGGACCUGUAGAAACUCAAAAGCAACCUUUGAAUGUAUCGCAAAAAAAUGAAAAGCUUCCUGCUGGUGUACCAAAUGUAAAUUCAGAGUCAAACAAGAAAGAUACCGAUGUGACGAGCUGGGUGAUAAUUAGAGAUAUGAUUCAAUAUGUCUGGCCCAAAGGUAAGCUGAAUCUUAAAAUUCGAGUAGUCUCGGCCUUGUUUCUUCUCGUUGCCGCAAAAGUGUUCAAUGUCCAAGUCCCAUUUUAUUUUAAGUCUAUUAUAGACACCAUGAAUACAACGGUUGUUCAUGAGUUGGGUGCGCUCUGGACCUCCGUUGGUGCCGUAAUAUUAGGUUAUGGCCUGGCUAGGGUUUUCGCAACAGUAUUUCAAGAGUUAAGAAAUAGUGUCUUUGCUUCUGUAUCUCAAAGUGCCAUUAAAAGUGUUUCCAGUAAUGUUUACCAGCAUUUGCUAAAUUUGGACAUGAAUUUUCAUUUAUCGAAACAAACAGGAAGCUUAACUCGAGCCAUGGAUCGAGGAACUAAAGGAAUUAGCUUUGUGUUGUCUUCGCUUGUCCUACAUAUCAUCCCCAUUACUCUGGAAAUUGGCAUGGUAAGUUCUAUCCUAACUUACAAAUAUGGUGUCUCUUUUGCUGGUAUUGCAGCAGCUACAGUCGCCUUGUAUUCUCUAUUUACGGUCAAGACAACCUCAUGGAGAACAGCAUUCCGACGUCAAGCGAAUGCAGCUGACAACAAGGCUUCUGCUGUCGCUAUCGAAUCCCUCAUAAAUUAUGAAGCUGUCAAGACAUUCAACAAUGAACCCUACGAAUUGAACCGGUAUUCCAAACAUCUUUCCACUUUUGAAAAGGCAAAUAUCCGUGUUGCUUCAUCCUUAGCAUUUUUGAAUAGUGGGCAGGCAAUUAUAUUUUCGACUGCUCUUACUUUGAUGAUGUGGAUGGGGUGCCGAGGAAUUGUCUCAUCAAACUUGAGCGUUGGUGAUUUAGUUAUGAUUAAUCAGUUAGUAUUCCAGUUAUCGAUUCCCUUAAACUUUUUAGGUUCGGUUUACCGUGAAAUGCGUCAGGCCUUCACAGACAUGGAGCACUUGUUUUCCUUGAAGCAAAUUAAUAUACAGGUGAAAGAUGCCCCAAACGCCAAAGACUUGGCUAUGAAGGGAGGUUCCCUACAAUUUGACAACGUUUCAUUUGCAUAUAAUCCUAAUCGUCCGAUUUUGAAAGACUGCUCAUUUCAUAUCCCAGCUGGCAACAAAGUGGCUUUUGUUGGUCCCAGUGGAUGCGGAAAGUCAACACUAUUACGGCUUUUAUUUCGGUUCUAUGAUGCCAAUUCCGGUAAAAUUAUGAUUGACGGGCAACCAUUAACUUCAAUUACAAUUAAAUCCUUAAGGGAUGCAAUUGGGGUAGUUCCACAAGACACGCCUUUAUUCAAUGAUACAAUUAAGUAUAAUAUAGGUUAUGGAAACCCGAAAGCUUCGGAAGAAGAAAUUAUUCAAGCAGCAAAGCGAGCUCAGAUCCAUCACAUAAUAGAAACCUUUCCAGACGGUUAUGAAACAAAAGUUGGUGAGCGAGGUCUAAUGAUAUCAGGAGGAGAAAAGCAGCGGUUAGCUAUUUCUCGAUUAUUGUUAAAAAAUCCAGACAUUCUAUUUUUUGAUGAAGCUACCUCUGCUCUUGAUACCUCAACUGAAAAAGAGCUCCUUCAGAAUGUAAACUCACUUAUACAAAAGUCAAGAAAAACAAGUAUCUUCAUAGCUCACCGACUGAGGACUAUAAAAAAUUGCGACAUUAUAUAUGUGCUUAAAGACGGACAGGUGGUUGAGCAAGGAACUCACGAAGAACUAUUAAAAUUAAAUGGUGUUUAUGCCUCUAUGUGGCAUUCACAGGAGAGCAUAGUGGAUGAUGGAACAUUCACCAAGAAGGAAUAG